AUGAAUUCAUCUGCCACUACAACUUCCACAAUUGCUAAUCCACCUCCAAUCAAUAGUGUGCAUUCACAUAUUUCUUCUGAAAAAAUGCUGCAAACAUCUAAUCAAUCUCCAUCACCCCAAUUGUUUCCUCAAAUGCAAAAACUAUCACAACCAAAUCAAUCUCAGGAUGUCUUGUUUAAAAUAUUCACCUAUACCAUCAUUAUACUCCCCACUUUAACUUCAAUUUUAUUCCCCAUCAAGACGACUAUGCCACCCAGCGAACAUGCGGGGAAUCUUAUUAUAGACUUGUUGACAGUACUAUUGCUUAGCCUAGUGGUUAAACAUACAAUUGAAUGGCCCUACAACUGGUUGAGACAACUACAAAAGACAAAAGUCAUGUUAUUGCAAGAUAUGGAUCGAGAAAACACCGAUAAAACCAUUUUGUUGGUACGGAAAAUUUACACUUUUGAAAUAAUAGCAUUGAUUUCAUGCUUGGUGUCUUGUAUUUUCAGUUCAAUCUUAUUAAUAUGGACGAGACAGUACACGAUAAUUGAUCAAAAGAGAAAGAAAGUCGUUUUCAAUAAUGUGAAUAUAGCCUUGUUGCAAUUCUGGUCUCUCUUUAGAGUGAUCAUUACUUUCACCGAUAGUCUACAACAAUCGUCAAUGCAUACGAAUCAGCUAAGUUGGGAAACACCACAAUUGAAGAAUUGGUAUCAAGAUUUGUCUCAUUAUUUUUUACCGAAUGUUAGUAAUCAAAUACUAUUGGAUCAUUUGCAGCAACAUAAUCGACAAUUUGAUCAAUUGAAAAUGGAUUUAAUUUCUUUGCAAAAUGAAUUAGAAGAAAAGAAGAGUCUCAGUAAUGAUUCUCGAGAAAGCUCUUUUACACCAUUUCCCUUGAAUAUGUCACCUACUUUGUUAUCGCCCAAUGCUUCAGUAAAUUUAUCCCCCACUACUAGUCGCAAUUAUGUAUCAUUUCCAUUUAAAGCUCCACCUUCUUCUUCUGAGCUGCCAACAGUUGCUUCACCCCCAGUACCAAAACGUAAACUGUCUACUAUGAAGUCGUCAUCGUCAAAAAAAUCACUGUUAAAUACAAUAAUCGAAGAAGAUGAUUCCACAUUAUAUGACUCCAAGGAAAACACAUUUACAAAUUUUGAUGAAAUUAUUCCCGGCAUUGGUAUAGCUACCAGACCACCAACUUUACUUGAUGAGAUCAGAAGUAUGGUAACUUCGGUAAGACAAGAAGUGUCUUUUCUUGAUAUUAUUAAACACCCCAAUGCUGUUUGCAACUUGUUGUUAAAAGAGUUUGCACCGUUGUUGAAUCAUAAUUUUGAACUAGGAGAAUACGAUAUUGUUAGAAUAGUGGCUACUGAAAUUUUUAACAAUUAUUUACAUAAUCUUGUUCACGAUAUAAGAGAAGAGCUUGGGAAAUAUUGGAAUUAUCCAUUAUAUUUUGUAAAGAAAGCCGUUAUAUUUUUGGGGUUAAGGCUACCAAUUUAUGCUAUUCUGUUUUAUUUUAGAGUACUGUUUUAUGUACCUUGGGUGUUAUUCAGAAUGAUUGUAUUAGAACCAAUUGUGCAAAUGGGUAAUUUAAUGUUGGUUAUUUUCAAAUUUGCUUUAUUAACAAUAACAACGAUGACCCCAAAGUUUACUAUGAAUUUUCCAGUACUGACUUCUUCUCCACUUCCAUCACCAUUACUGUCUCCAUCAUCUUAUUCGUCAUCGUUGUCAUCUUCAUUGCCACCAUCACCGAAAAUAUCGGAGAAAUCAUCUAAAACUAUUGCAAAAAAAUCACAGAAGAAGCUGUCACAUUCGAAUCAGAAAAAACUGGUUAUAGUACCCAAAGUUGCCAAAGAGGCAUCUUCUUCCAAGUUUGCUAUGAAGCCUUUUCAUCUAUCUCCUAUUUUGGCUGAUCUGAUGACGUUUGAAAAUAAUGUCAAUAAUAACAAUAAUCAAAGUAAAACAAGAAAAAAAAUCCAUUUGCAAUCGAUUGAUACAAUACCAGAAGAGCUCAAUACCAUUAGUGGUGGGAAAAAAAAUGGGCGAUUCUAUAAAUAUUCAAACAGGCUUGCUUUAUAUGAUGAUUAG